AUUAAACGGUUUAACGUGAUAAACGGUAUUCAACGAUAAACGAUAACUUUCCCGAACUUGGGUUAAAUUUUCUUGGACAUCCACGAGACGAAGACGAACGCGGAUGUUAUGUUUGUAAACACUGUGUUGCACCCAUGAGAAGACCUCCGUAAAGAAAAAAAAUACAAAUAAUAGAAAUUGGAAAUAUAGUAAACUUGACAUAGAAUAUGAAUGUCAGUGAACCAAGUUUGCAGGAUUCAAUCCCGGAACUUGUUAAAAAUGCUGUGUUAUUACACAGUUCUCCCAUUCCGCCAGGAACACCUGUUGUGAGAGGAUACGACUGGAAUAAGGGAGUUGAUUAUCAUGCUUUGUUUAAGUCGUAUAAAAACUCAGGAUUCCAAGCAAGAAACUUCGGACUUGCAGUACAAGAGAUCAACAAAAUGUUAGAUGCUAGAGACGUUCCUCUGAACAAUGAUCAAAUUGAUAACUUGGAGGAAGAUGAUUUUAUAAAAAGGAAAUCUUCUUGUACAAUAUUUUUAGGGUAUACAUCUAACAUGGCUUCAUGUGGUAUCAGAGAUACUAUAAGGUUUCUUGUACAACACAAAAUGGUUGACUGCAUUGUCACUACUGCAGGUGGUGUAGAAGAAGAUUUGAUAAAAUGUUUAGCACCGACGUAUAUAGGAGACUUUCACUUAGAAGGGAAAAAUCUUAGAAAACACGGUAUCAAUAGAAUAGGAAAUUUAUUAGUGCCAAACAAUAAUUAUUGCCUGUUCGAAGACUGGGUUAUGCCUAGAUUAGAUGCGUUGUUAACCGAGCAAAAGGAGAAAGGCACACUUUGGACACCAUCGAAAGUGAUUGCGAGACUUGGCGAGGAAAUUAAUAAUGAAGAAUCAAUUUAUUACUGGGCAGCAAAAAAUAAAAUACCAGUGUUUAGUCCUGCUUUAACUGACGGCAGCCUCGGUGAUAUGAUGUACUUUCAUUCGUUUAGGAAUCCAGGCUUGGUCAUUGAUAUAGUUUCAGAUCUUAGGCGACUAAACACGAUUGCCAUGAAGGCGGUAAAAACUGGUAUUAUUAUUAUUGGAGGUGGCGUAAUAAAACAUCACAUUUGCAAUGCAAAUCUUAUGAGAAAUGGUGCUGAUUAUGCUGUAUUUAUGAACACAGCGUCAGAGUUUGAUGGAAGUGACAGCGGUGCCCGUCCAGAUGAAGCUGUUUCAUGGGGUAAAAUUCGGAUGGAUGCAGACCCAGUCAAAAUUCAUGCAGAAGCAUCUCUGGUAUUUCCACUGCUCGUAGGAGAAACGUUUGCACGAUAUUAUCAUUCCACAAAAGAAAAAACUGUAUCAGACGUUUAAAACAAUUUAAUAAAAGUAUGAUAAUGAAAAA